AUGGCCUCCCUCGACGCAGACGACAUGUACCUCUCGCAACUGUCCAGGCGCACAGAGGCCAUCAACGCUGGCGUAAUGGCCAUCAGGGGCCAUUCUCAUGCCGUGAGCACACCGGAUCGCAACAAAAAUACAUCAAGGCUACUCUCGAGUCGGGAUCCGGAGCGUAUACUGUGCUAUGCUAUGCGCCAUACCGGUACAGUCUCUUCGGCGGGCUAUUCGGCUGCCUUCGUGACGCAUGCGACGGCAAGCGAUGUAGACUCAGUCAUGAUCAAUGGUCAAUGGGUCAAGGGAAAGGUUAGACUGCUAAAGGAAGGUUGGCAUAGCCGGAAGCUCAAGCUGCAUUUUGGGAAAGAGAUGGCAUGGGAUCAAUCGGCAAAGGAACAAGUCAGAGUCGAACACAUGUGGUUGGAAAAGGAUGUCAUGGAGUGA